AUGGUGGCACCCCCGCCUUUUACCCCCGGCGACGAAGACUCCAUCCACGAAUACCGGUCCAGGAUGAGCUAUCUGCGCCAGGCCUCCCGUGAGCGUCCUCUUGCCGCAGGCAUAACGUUCGUGCUUUCGCUGCCUCAGCCGCCCUCGCGCUCAGUGCAGCUAGUCGAAAGGGCCCGCCACGUCCCUAGCUUGCCCUACGGGAAACCUGCGGUGUACACUCUAACCAGACCCUUGAAAGAAGGCUUCGAUCUCCGUUCGCAGGUCUGGGUCGCCACUGCCCUCGAUGAAGACUCUCAGGUCACUGUCGAAGUAGUAUUUAAAUUCGUGAUCCCAAGUCUACUGCACUACCCUGAUCCCGGUUUGACCGAGGGGUUAAUGCGGUGCGGCGCAUAUCGACCCCCUGCUCAGCUUGUCGAAAGAGAGGUCGCCUCUUAUAUGGCCCUUGCAGACCUCCAGGGCGGCACGCUACCGUAUUUCUUGGGCGAGCAUCAGGUGCUCGUGCCGUGGAUGGAAGAAGGGAGCAUCCUAGCGCUGGAGUACAUCAAAGCGCCUACACUGAAGGCUAUUCAGGAAGAUGUGGACUCUGCCGUCGGAACCGCGAUAUACAGAGACUAUGCACAGUACUUUGCCCUAUUCGAGUCUGCCUUGCGGACCCUCAACUUUGCCCAUCAGCGCGACACGUUCCAUUGUGAUGUGCGCGAGCCCAACAUUUUAGUGCCUGAAGGCAACAAUAUCGCUGUCCUUGUCGACUGGUCAAGCGAAAACGUCUUCAGCAAGGAGUUAUACGUCGGCAUUGAUGUGGUGGAUCUGGCAGUCGCCUUCAUACACUGCGAAACACAUCAAGCGCAACUGUGUGAAAGUCUCAGAAAUCACUACCCUGAUAUCUCUAGGAGGGUUUUCCCUUACUUGGUCGGUGACCACUCGUAG